UACACAGAGAGAGAGAGAGAAAUGGGUGUGGAUUACUACAAUAUACUGAAGGUGAAUCACAACGCGACGGAGGAUGAUCUGAAGAAAGCUUACAAGCGUCUGGCGAUGAUCUGGCAUCCCGAUAAGAAUCCUUCGGCGCGGCGAGAUGAAGCUGAGGCCAAAUUCAAGCGGAUCUCUGAGGCCUACGACGUUCUCUCCGACCCUCAGAAGCGCCAGAUCUACGAUCUUUACGGCGAGGAAGGCCUCAAAUCUGGGAAAAUCCCCAAUUCCGCCGCGGCUUCUUCGUCGGAGGCUUCCUCUUCUUAUUCCUCGCGAGCGCCGCACUUCCACCAGCACCAGCACAGGCAGCACCCGCCGAACGCCGCGUCGUUUCGUUUCAACCCUAGAGACGCGGAGGAUAUCUACGCCGAGAUUUUUGGAUCUGAAGGCGGAGGAAAUGGUGGGGGUGGUGCCGGCGGGAGAGGGAACAGAACGUCCAGGGAUGGGAGUUUCAGGAACGGUCAUUUCAACACCGGUGCGAAUGGUCAUAGCGGUGAGCUAAGGACUGUUCCGGCCGUGGAAAAACCAUUGCCGUGUAGCUUGGAGGACCUCUGCAAAGGUGUGAAGAAGAAGAUGAGGUUAUCCAGAAAUGUGUACGACGCUUCCGGUAGAAUGAGGGUCGUUGAGGAGAUAUUGCCCAUAGACAUAAAACCCGGGUGGAAGAAAGGCACAAAGCUCACAUUCCUUAAGAAAGGCAAUGAAGAGCCCGGAAUCAUACCAGCAGAUAUUAUCUUCGUGCUUGAAGAGAAGCCACAUCCUGUUUACAAGAGAGACGGAAACGACCUUUUGGUCAAUCAGGAGAUCACUCUACUCGAAGCCCUAACCGGUAAGACCCUGGACCUGACCACGCUUGAUGGAAGGACCCUCAUGAUCCCACUAACCGAUAUCAUCAACCCGGAACACGAGAUUGUUGUUCCGAACGAAGGAAUGCCAAUCUCUAAAGAACCUGGGAAAAAAGGUAACCUGAGAUUGAAGCUUAACGUGAGAUAUCCCUCGAGGCUGACAGCGGAACAGAAAUCGGAGCUGAAGAGAGUUCUUGGUGGGGUCUCAUGA